AUGGCGACUUCAGAUCUUGACCAGUUGGUGAUGAUGGGGUUCGACAAGGAGAGAAGUCAAAUGGCACUAAAGAAGUCCGGUGGCCUGGCCGAUGCGAUAGAUUGGCUGGACGCGAACUCAUCAAAAUCCAUCGAAGAACUCAAAGCCGAGGAUGAAGCCACCGCACAAGCCAAAGCCGCCCAAGAAGCGGAGGAGGCAAAGAGCCUUGUCUGCAAUGAAUGUAGUAAAAAGUUCAGAGGCACUGCGCAAGCCGAGUUUCAUGCUUCAAAAUCAGGCCAUACAGACUUCUCAGAGUCGACUGAAGAAGUUGCUCCUUUGACCGAGGAAGAAAAGAAGGCCAAACUUGCAGAACUACGCGAGAAGUUGGCCGCUAAGCGGGCCGUGCAAGCCGAACAAGAUAAGAUUGACCAGAAACGCAAUGAACAGAUCAAUCGCAAAAAAACCAAAGAAACGGAGGAUCUGAAGGAGCAACUAAGGAUCAAGGAGCAACUCAAGGAGGCAGAGAAGAAGAAGCGGGAGCGGCAGGAGGAGAUUGAGGCGAAGAAGCGAAUACAGGCGAAAAUAGCUGCCGACAAGGAAGAACGACGACUGAAGGCCGAAAGAGAAAAGGCUGCGAGGGCGGGCACCGCACUACCCGUUCCAGCCGAGUCAACACCUACCGCGUCUCCCUCUGCGCCCAAGCCAACCUCAGAAUACAAAGAAACUCGGUUACGGCUACAAACCUCGGCUGGCAACAUCCUGAAGACGUUCCCGGUCGAGACGACGUUGUUUGAGGUCGCCGCAGCGGUUGGAGAGGAAACAGGACGGGAUGUGGAAAGUUUUACACAAAAUUUCCCAAGAAAGGUGUUUGGCCAGGAAUACUUCGGCGAGUCUCUCAAGGACUUGAAGCUAGUGCCCAGCGCCAGCUUGAUUGUGCAGUAG